UAUGCUGUCUUUCGUUUCAGUGCUGCCGUAUCGCAGUUUCUUUGUUCGUUAUUCAGUUUUUCAUUUAUUUUUUCAUUUCUCGCUCGCGUCGGUCGGUUGGUAAAUUGUUAAUUAAUUAAUAAAUUCGUUAUUUCGCUUAUAAAUUUACAACAUUUAAAUAAUACAUUAAAUAAAUUUACAUAAUAAAUGUGUAUGUUGAGGUUGAAAAAGAUCAAAAAGAAACGAACUUAACCUCCCAAGCUCUGGUGUUGUGUGUGUGUGCCAAACACAGUAAACACAAGACAGUCAUCCAAAUAAAAAAACGCAAAAAAUACGCAAAAAUCGAGUUGAAAAGAAAUAAUAAAUGUCUUCCACAUUCCAAACAAACUAAAAAUGCCAAGAAGCUGAGUUGAGGUGUGUUUUACCUUUUUUUUUGAGUUUUUUUUUCCUUUUGUUUACAAAGCCAUAUAACGAAAGAGGAAAAUAUGUCAUUGUCAUCGAAAAAAGACCCCUCGUUACGCGUGGCCGCAAAUGAGCCACACUUGGUGAGUCUGGGAGGCGGUCGCUUGAGCACGGCAGUAACCAUACACAACAUUCCGGUGGGAGACACUACAAUUGGUUCAUCGCUGCACAGUAACAUAUCCCUGUCGGGUGCAGGAGUACGGCCGUUGCAUUGUAUCAUAUACCGCAGUGAAGAAAAUCAAGUAACUUUGGUACCCGAACGUGGAGCACGCAUCCUCAUCGAUGGCCAAUCAAUUGAUGCCGAGGUGGAUUUGAAACAAGGAGCCAUGAUUACAAUGGGAGACUCGUAUGCUUUGCGUUACAACAAUCCCAUUGAAGCUGAGCAGAUGAGAACAGCCAUUGGCAAUCGUCUGGAAGAUUUCGAAAAAGAUGAAACGGCAAUGCUGGAUUAUUUCUACGAAACAAACAUCAAUCCGAAUCGGCGACGCAAGUCUCAGGAAAAUGAGGGAUUCGAUAAGACCUACAACAAUCUGAAACCGUUGGACAUAAACGGUUGGCAAUGUCCCAAAGUGUUCAGUUCAGAUUUGGUAACCGUCAAUAUGCCAGCCAAAGAUGUACUGGGUCAGAAGUAUGCCAAUUUUGCCAAGAACUUAGCUGAAAAUCAUCGCAAAGAUAAGAACGUCAAUGUGAAACAUAACGAAGUUCUCUUUACGAACAACAUUCCAGGCAGUGGGGGUAGUAACGCCAUGAAAUCAUUUAAUGAAGGUAUGGAAUUUUUAUCGAAAGUUCAAAACACUAACGUGAAAUCGAAUGAGAAAGAGGAGGAGGAGGGGAGGCAAGCAUUUGAUAACAGUGAUUAUUUGGAAGAUAUGCUGAAAAUUUGUACCGAAUAUGCGGAGCGUCAAGAUCGCAGUGCAGGUGGUAGUCUAAGUUCCUCACCAAUUGUCCAGAAUCGCAUUAAGACCAAUGGUUCCUUGCCCAGGGAGAAAAAAUCACCAUUUCAAAAGUCUGCCAAUGAGGUGACGGUAUCUCCCACUGCCAAAUCAAGUGGUUAUGAAAAUGUUCGACUGGUGUUGGCAGACAAAUUUGGGGAAAGUGAAACUAAAACUGGGACAGGGAGUACCGCCGGUUAUGAAAAUGUGAGAUAUGUGCCCCAGAGUCCCAGAACCAAAAUCCGUACCAAUUGUCUAUCGUCACCGAAGAAAGAAAUCUCUGCUCCAUUUGCCCAAGAUUUUAGCAAAACUACAAACUACGAAGAUUUGAUUAAAAACUUUGAGGAAAAAUUUCAAAAAGAAAUCGAGGCCAUAGAGGAGAGUUCAAGAAAUGUCAACAAACCCCUGUCCGCCAAUAAUACGCCCCUGGGCACAAGGAGAAGCAAUAAAAACAUUAACAAUUUAACCAUUGAUAUUAAAUCUCUGGUAUCGCCGCACAAUUCACCUAAACUCCUAAAGAAACCCACACCAGCACCCAGGAAUUCGAUAAAACCCAAUACCACCAGCUCCAAAACCCCUGCAACCAGAGGUAGUUUAUCAAGCCUGAAAAAUAAAAACUACGAACAGGAAAGAUUACAUAUCGAAAGGGAAGAUUUGCUGAGGCGUUUAAAUAAUCUCAAGCAGGAGAUAUCCAUUUUACAGCAACAAGACAAUGAGGCCUUAAUUGAAAUGGAUAUGGAAAAUGCUUUGGUCCUGGGCGAGUUACAGGCCCUUAAUGAUAGCAAACGGGAACUGGAACAGGACUACAAGGCAUUGCAACAGAGAAUACAUCGACUUGAGGCUCAACGCAAUGCCACUCGGGUCAUGGAGGAGAAUCAACAGGCCAAGCUGAAGCAGGCCAUUGAAAUGAAACAAGAUCAGGUGGAGAAACUCAAGGAAAUGCUAAAGCAGAAACCCGAUAAUCCCUGCCUCAAGGAGGAAUUGGCAAAUGUGUGUGAAUCUCUGGAGAAUGAUCGUAAAGCCUUUGAAGAUUUGGAAUUUCAAUAUCUCGAGGGUGAGUCGGACUGGCAGGCUCAAUGUGAAGAGCUGCAUCUGGAAGAGACAACAUGCCUCAAGAAAAUCGAAGAAACUAAAAUGGCAAUUGAAAACAUUGAGAAACAAGAACCUACCUCCUCGGAAUCACAGAAACAGUUAAGGAAACGUCUGGUCUGUUUGCUCAACGAUCUGCAGGAUUGUGAGCAGAAAUUUAAGGAUUUGGAAGAGAAAUUGGCAACACAAAUAGCCACCCAAAAGGCCACGACGGGCGGAUCAUCUCAGUCAAUUAUGUCACAAUCUCUGUUUGGCUCUACGGAAAUUCUAUGUCCCAAAGCAGUUCACAACGAAGACUUGAUGUCGAAAUCCUUCAACGAGAACAUGUUCUACAACAAUAAGAUAGAAAUACCCCAAAAUGCCUUGAGACUGCUGAGUGGCAGCAGCAAUAACAGUAGUCGCAAGGUUUCCCAGGAUAGCAUUUGCGGUCGGGAUGAGGUGGAUGAGGGGGCCACAACCGUGAAAACCUCCAAGGAGGCAUCGAAUAAAAUUAUGGAAUCUAUUAAAGAAAUUGAAAGAAAUCGCAAAUUAUUGGCCUCCAAACAGGAGCAAAAAGCCUUGGAAAAGGAACGUCACAAAAUUGAGGAGAUUUUAAAGAAAUUAAAUUCCGAUACCUCCACAGAACAACAGCAAAAGUACUUAAAUACCCUCGGAGGGGGAGGGGGAGGAGGGCAAAACAAGGAGAACUUGAAACAGAAGAGGAUUUCAGUUAGCUCCAUUGAAAGGCAGGUGUCGGAACCUUUGGCAAUUCAAUCACCUGGCCAAAAGUCACAAAUGGCGUACGAAAAACAAAACUCGGCUCCCGGUAAUUAUCAAAGGCCCUUGUCCGAAUCGAAUUCAGAGACAGCUGAUGAUUUGACACCAGGUCCCAAGAGAAAAUCAUUUCUGGAAAGUCCCUCCUCGCUGAGAACCACAAGUCCGGAAAGUCCGCGCAGCUGUAGCUUGGAGAAACGUUGCAGCAGUGUUUUAAGCUCCAGUGAGGGCAGUGAAAGACGAAAAAUGCUGCUGGCCAAACAUCAAAGACCUCUGACACGUUAUAUGCCAAUUUUUGCCCAAGAUUUAGAUUUGAGGCGACACAUUAUCUCGGCCGGCCAUCAAAUUGAUUUGUGUCCUCAUAUUUUCGUAGAUGAAUUAUCCUGCAGAGGUUAUUUACAUAAAUUGGGCUCAACAUUCCACACCUGGUCGAAACGUUGGUUUGUCUUCGAUCGACAACGCAAUGCGUUUAUCUAUUAUUCGGAUAAAAGCGAACGCAAGCCACGAGGUGGGGCCUAUUUCUCAUCCAUUGAUGAGGUUUAUAUGGAUCAUUUGAAUGCCUCCAAAAGCAGUCGCCCCCAUUGCACAUUCAUUGUCAAGACCAAGAAGAGGAAAUACUAUUUGCAGGCAGCCUCAGAUGCGGCUGCCAGAAUAUGGAUUGAUGUCAUAAUAACCGGGGCUCAAGGCAACAUAGACUAUUAAAAGAUAGAUAGAUUUUAAGGGAGAAACAAAAUUCCAUUUUUACAACCUUUUUUUUUUACACAACUAUUAUACAUAACUACUUUACACGUACUUUAUCUAAUUUUAAAAAAACAAUCAUUAUUGUUUUCUAGUUUUAAGAGUUUAGUUUUUUUAAUGGGUUAUCAAAGAGAUUGGUAAUAUUGUUUUAUUAUUUAAAUAUUUACUACAAAGACAGACAGACAACUAACUACAUAUGUAUUUGCUCAACUGAAAAUAUCCUUAAUUGAAUCAAAAGAAACCGAACUAUAUACACAUAUAUGUAUUUAGAAAAAAAAGAAAGAAAAACAAAGUAUUACAUUAAUGUUUCUAUAUGCAUGUGCCUCUUCAUCAUCGUCGUGUUCACUAAUAAUAUACAGUUUUUUGUAGAAAAUUUUUUAAAAAUAGUUAUCUUUGGUGAGUCUUUUUUUUUGCUAUGGCAAUAAAGAUAACAAAACAAAAUUCCACUACAUUUAGAUAUAAGCAUACAACAGUCCAGAGGUAUAGAUAACCAAGUUAGAAUAGGAAAACCAAGUUACUGUACACUGUACAAAAGUGUAUGAUGAGUAUUCAUUAAAUUGUAUUUGCAAAUAUUGUGAAGGUAUUGUUUAAAAAAAAA